GAUGGAAAUAAUACAUUUUUUUAUACAAGUAAAUAUCAUUUAAUUCGUUUUUUAAACUCACGAAAAAAAAUACUUGUUAUAGGUGAUACAAAGAAAUAUAUAUGGGAUACACCUGAAUAUGAAGUUCCACCACUUGAAAAUAAUGUAUUUUUUAUUGCAACACGUCAAACAAUAACUUAUAAUCAAACACAAAGCACAUGUCCAACUGCUUUAGCCGAUAAAUCAUUUUGUAACGAUCAAAAUAAAACAUUAUGUAAAACAGAUGAACCAACAUCAAGUACUUUUGGUUUUUUUACUGGAAAUUGUGUUCCAAGUAAAGAAAAUGAAGCAAUCAAAGUUUGUGAAAUGAAUGGAUGGUGUCCAGAAGAACUAUCUGAUUCAAUACGAAAUAUUCAAGAUGAUACAGAUUUUAAAUGUCGAUUUGAUGGCACUUCUAAAACUUCUGAUCGUCCAUUAAUUCCUAUUAGUUAUAUUCUUGAUCGAUUAAAUACAAAUAAAACAGCACUUCUACUUGAAGGUGGUUUAAUAGAAAUUCGUCAAGAUUGGAUAUGUAAUUUUGAUAUUAAUCCAAAAAAAUGUACUCCAAAAUAUGAUUUUUCUCUUUUACAAAGUGGUGAUGAUAAACAAUCACCAGGAAUUAAUUAUCGUUUUGCUCAAAAAUAUCGUGAAGAUGGUGUUGAUUAUCGAACAUUAACAAAAGUUUAUGGUUUACGUUUUGUUGUUUC